GGGAGGCAGGCUGUGAAGCGAGGCGCCGCAGUUCCCGGCAGCCUCCCCAGGGAGCGACCUGGCUGAGCGCUGCGGGGCGGCCGGAGGAGCGAGGGAGGGCGGGUUCUCAGAGUGCUCUCCGGUCAGCAGCACGAAUACGCGGCUGUGCAUUGCGAGCGGCUACGGAGCUGGAGUGAAGGCAGGAGCCGGGCACCUUCCUCUUGGCUGGUUUAACUGUAAGAAAUGGAUCCUAAAGGAUUACAAGGAGAAGACAAAUUGAAGAUGCUUAUAAUCUUACUAGCGUAUUUGCUCAACAGGGUAAUUUGUGAGACUGGAGAUUGCAGAGAACAAGAGUUUAGAGACCACACUGGGAACUGUAUUCUCUGCAAACAGUGUGGACCUGGAAUGGAACUCUCAAAGGAAUGCGGCUUUGGAUAUGGGGAGGAUGCACAGUGCAUGACGUGCAGGCCAAACAGAUUCAAGGAAGACUGGGGCUUUCAGAAGUGCAAGCCUUGUCUGGAUUGUGCGCUAGUUAACCGUUUUCAGAAGGCCAACUGUUCUGCCACCAGCAAUGCACUAUGUGGAGACUGUUUACCCGGUUUUUAUAGGAAGACCAAGCUUGGAGGCUUUCAAGACAUGGAGUGUGUUCCUUGUGGUGAUCCUCCUCCUCCCUAUGAACCCCACUGUACCACCAAAGUAAACCUUGUGAAGAUCCCAUCAACUGCUUCCAGUCCUCGAGACACUGCUCUAGCAGCGGUUAUAUGCAGUGCACUUGCAACAGUGCUCUUGGCCCUUCUUAUUCUUUGUGUUAUCUAUUGUAAGAGACAGUUUAUGGAGAAGAAACCAAGCUGGUCUCUGAGAUCACAAGACAUUCACUACAAUGGAUCUGAAUUGUCAUGUUUUGAUCGACCACGGCUAAAUGAAUAUGACCACAGAACAUGUUGCCAGUGCCAGAGAAGCACAUCACAGACAUGCGGACCAGUUCAUUUGAUUCCUUCACUGUGUUGUGAUGAAACCUGCAGCAUGGAGCACAGCAGUCACAGUUGUGCUUUGCACUCACAGACUACUCUUAAUGGAAGGGCUUCUGAUUCCGUUGGAGAAAUGAUUCCUACCUUCCUUGGCUCUCUUUCACACUCUGCCUGUGGAGACAUUUCAGAUGCUUGGCCUCUUAUGCAAAACUCAGCUUGUUGUGACAGCAUCUCUUUCUGUGAAUCAUAUUCAGAACUGGCUGGAGUUACUGCAAAAUCCUGCAGUCUGGAGACUGAAAAUGCAACUACUGUUGAGUCAGAUAAUAACCAGGAACUAAGUGAUGUACUUACUUCAGCUAAGUCUCCUGAUGGAAACAGUGCAAAGUCCUUUGAAAUCUCCAAUCAUAGAACAUAUAUAGAAGUUUCAUCACUUCAGAACUCAGCUGCUGCUGAAACCCAGCCAAAGACAAAGUGUAAUGGAACAGCAGAUGACUCUACAGACUGAUAAAGAGGAAAGCAAGCUAUUUUUCUCAGCAUUAAAACUGCAUGCUUCCCUAAUGCUCGUCCGCUGACUGCCAUCAAAUACAUCCUGAUCUUCAGUGUCACACAGUUUCAAAAUCAGCUGGAAGAUAAUGGCAUCAUUUCACACAUUCUAAGCAGUUGUAUCUGAGCCGUAACAGCUGUAAAGUGAAACUUUAAGGAGCAUCCUAGGAGAGCCCUGAGAGCGGAUUUAUGAACAUUUGCACCUCGUAUUAAAAAAGAACAUUUUUGUCCCCAAGAUUCUCAAGAAGUACAAUGGAGUGAGCAUACAAACGUAUGUAAAGGUAUCAAGAAAUACAAACGCUUUAAUGUGUUUACAUGGUUACCUUAAAUAUGGCUGCAGAUGUGAGAAGGCCUGGGACAAGACUUUGCCAGUUACUCUGCUUGCAGAUUUUUGAAUUUUUUUUUCUGACGCUAGUUUUUAACUUAGUUUCCUGCUGUUGAAGGACUUAAAAAUAAAACAUUUCUAUUUAUGUGAGGAUCAUCUAUUGAUAAACUGAAGCUUUCAUGAUAUAUUAAAUUGUAGGCAAUAAGCUAGUUUGGGGAGUUAAAGAAUUUGCAUGUUACAAAAGCUAUAGCUGAAACCCCUUUCAUCCAAUUAUUUUGUUUGUGGGAGGGAGCAUUGUUUUGUUCAGUGUAGCAGGAGAUUAGCUUUAUAUUAGCUUUAGUGAAAGUCAGCUAUUUAGAACGGGAUGUUAUGUUGCUAGCAGUCUCACUGUUGGAUGACAGCACUCGUUGUUAUAACAUGUAUUUUUUAUGUUGAAAUAAAUGUAGUCAACUCACAUCAAGACGUCAAAGGUUAGCAGGUGUGUCACAAAACUAUUCGUACUAUGAGAUCUAUUACUAAUUUUUUUUAGUAAUUAAUUAUUUUCAUUACUAAAGUGAUGGUCUCAAGCUUCAUUGUGAUUUAAUUCACCCAUUGAGUAGACCUUUUUUUUAAUUCAUGUCACUCUGUCCUUCUCACUGUAGCAUUUUGUGUAAAUUGAAUUUUUCCAUAUACAUAUAAAAAUGGAUUGAUAACUUUUUUUAAUACCUCUGAACUGAAUCCGUGGAGCUAUGUGCGUGCCUAGUUUAUAAUUAUCAGCUUUCUUCCCUACUUGUUCCUUAAGAUUUUUUUAACUGUAGUUUGUUGUAGCACUUCCUAUAAAAUUGUUGAUUCUGCAUCCAUUUUUCCCUAACAUCGUUUUAAUUCUGUGAGCAAUCGCUGUAGCCUCUACUGGCUCACUGCACUGAGCAGGCUCCAACCUGCCAGCUGUGACCUCCAGCAACCCUUUUGUAGAAAUUCCCAAUGUGCCUUGACAAAAGCAAAGCAAUCAGCAGAACAAAUGCAAUUUUGCAUUAACUAUUACUCAUCUUUCUGCACGUGGUUUGUACGGCAAUGGAAAUGAUGAGACAGUCAUGUUCCAUAAAAGAAAGAGAUUUCUUCUUUGAAGAACCCGGUAGAAGACUGACCCUGUACAAUAGCAGGGCCAAGUACAGGCAGCCAAACCACGUGAGAUUAUUAGCGUGUGCAAAAGCGUUGAUUAACAGCUGCCAAAUUCAAGCCAAAGUGAAGAAACUACAUAAGGGACUUAUUUUAAUCAGUAAGUACUCCUAUUUGAUCACUUACGUAGAAUAAUAUGCAGUUACACAAGGAGUAUAAUGACAUAACUAAAUACUGAAAAGUAUAUAUUCAAAUAAGAAUAGUUUUGAAUAAACGCCGGAUACUUUCACACA